CAUCUGGGAUUUUGUGAUGAAUGCCUAAUGAGCACGUUGAUUAGACGGGCAGAAGUCUUCAAGCCAUUGUAAAUGUAGCUGAAAGAAGUGUGGCUGAUAAGACACUGAAUAACCACUCUUGUAAAGCUUUCCUUUGGAGUUGCAAUAUUUAAAGUCCAGAAAGAUAAUGGAGAGAAAGCUGGACAAUAAAAUGAAAAGGGAACUGUCCUGCUUAGCUACUUUGAACAACAAAAACAUAACCCUGGUGUCUAUUCGUAAGCGGCAGGCAGCUCAUGAUGUGCCUGAACUACUGAUUAUUGGUGAAAAGUCCAAGACAGGAUCUCCGGUAAAAGCAAGCAGUAACUCGCAGAAAGAAGAGAAACUUUUGCAGAGUUACUCCAUGGGAAUGCCAGAAGUCAAUGCAGUUGAAAGACAGGCUUUGUCCAAUACUGAUUCUCCCCCUGGCUGUGAGCUGGAGUCUACAAUGAAACACAGUUUUGCUUUUGACAACAUGGGCUAUGAGGACAGCUUUGAAACUGGGCCCUCUUCAUCUUCCCAAGAACGCACUGUGGCAGUCAACAUUGUGGGAAUGACUUGCCAAUCAUGUGUGCAGUCGAUAGAAGGUCGUAUUUCCAAGGUGAAGGGCAUUGUGAGCAUUAAAGUCUCUCUUGAACAAAACAACGCAGUAAUAAAGUAUCUGCAGUCAGACAUAAGUCCUGAGCAGAUUUGCCAGGAAAUUCAGGAUAUGGGCUUUGAUGCCAAUACAGCAGAAGAGAGAUUGACAACAGCAACUGUAAAUUUGUCAUGCUUGAAAGAAGCAGUAGUUAAGCUUCGGAUAGAAGGCAUGACAUGCCAGUCCUGUGCCACCAACAUUGAAGGAAAGAUUAGGAAACUGCAUGGUGUGGCAAAAAUCAAGGUGUCACUUGGUAACCAGGAAGCAAUUAUUGCGUACUAUCCUUACAUCAUUCAGCCUGACGACCUCAAGAGUCAUAUCAGUAACCUGGGGUAUGACUGCACCAUCAAAAGUAAAUCAGCCCCUUUGAAGCUGGGUGUCCUCAAUCUUGAGCGCUUGCAGAAUGCAAACCCCAAGGAGACACCAGCAAGUCUUGGGAGUGAUGGAGUAGAUCUACGGGUCACCAAGAUGAGUAGCACAGCUACGGUGGCUGUACAGAUAGAAGGCAUGCACUGCAACUCAUGUGUCAGAAACAUUGAAGGAAAUAUAUCAGAUCUGCCUGGCAUACAAAGUAUUGAAGUGUCUUUGGAGCAUAAACGUGCUGUGGUACAGUAUAGCCCAAAUUUAAUUACCCUGUCAGCUCUGCAGCAAGCUAUUGAAUCCCUUCCACCUGGAAACUUUAAAGUAUGCCUCCUUAACGGUUCAGAAACAAAUAAAAGAGCAUCUCCAUCACCUGCUUCCCAAUGUGAUCUUUUCAGAGAGCCACUGCAAGACAUGAGAUGCACGGCUGUCAUUAGGAUUGAUGGCAUGACCUGCAAUUCUUGCGUACAGUCCAUAGAAGGGACCAUAUCACAGAGAGAAGGAGUGCAGCGUAUAGAAGUUUCUUUAGCUGGCAGAACUGGGACCAUACAUUAUGAUCCAGCUGUCACCAAUGGAGAAGAGAUAAGAGCUGCCAUAGAAGACAUGGGGUUUGAUGCUUCUGUACUGACAGAUACUGCCACUGGAGAACAUAAGCACCAGCCUGACACCAGCAAAGCUGCUGUGCAGCCUCAAGCUCCAGAGCCUCCUCGCCAAGGCUGUUCCUCAGACGCUCUUCCAGACAGUCCACAUCUUCAUGGGCCAAACCAGCCCAGCGGAGGAACAGCUGAGAAGUGUUUUUUACAAAUCAUGGGCAUGACCUGUGCAUCCUGUGUGUCUACCAUUGAAAGGAAUUUGCAGAAACAAGAUGGAAUUGUUUCAGUGUUGGUAGCACUGAUGGCAGGUAAAGCAGAGAUAAAAUACAAGCCAGAACUUAUACAGCCUGUUGAAAUAGCACAGCUGAUCCAGAAUUUGGGUUUUGGUGCUACUGUCAUAGAAGAUCAUGAAGAAACAGAAGGGAAUGUGGAGCUUCUUAUUGCAGGGAUGACUUGUGCUUCUUGUGUUCACAAUAUUGAAUCCAAACUCAUGAGAACAAAUGGCAUAUUAUAUGCCUCAGUUGCUCUUGCCACUUGCAAAGCUCACAUCCAGUUUGAUCCUGAGAUUACUGGACCUCGAGAUAUUAUAAAAAUAAUUGAGGAAAUUGGCUUUCAUGCUUCUGUGGCUAGAAGAGUUCCAAAUGCACAUAACCUAGAUCAUAAAAAGGAAAUCCAGCAGUGGAGGAAAUCUUUCUUGUGCAGCCUGCUGUUUGGUAUCCCUGUCUUAAUCCUAAUGAUUUAUAUGCUAAUACCUGAUGGUGAGCACCAUGGGUCUAUGGUGCUGGAACAGAACAUCAUUCCUGGAUUAUCUAUUUUAAACCUUCUCUUCUUUGUCCUGUGCACUUUUGUUCAGUUUCUUGGUGGGUGGUAUUUUUAUGUACAAGCUUACAAGUCACUGAAGCACAAGAUGGCCAAUAUGGAUGUGCUCAUCGUACUAGCCACGACGAUUGCCUAUGUAUAUUCCUGUGUGAUCCUGGUGGUAGCAAUAGUUGAAAAGGCAGAGAAAAGCCCCGUCACUUUCUUUGACACUCCUCCGAUGCUGUUCGUGUUCAUUGCCCUGGGGAGAUGGCUGGAACACAUAGCAAAGAGUAAGACCUCAGAAGCUCUUGCUAAACUUAUAUCUCUUCAAGCCACAGAAGCCACCGUGGUGACUCUUGGACCUGACCACUCUAUCAUCAGGGAGGAGCAGGUAGCUGUUGAACUGGUUCAAAGGGGUGACAUCGUAAAGGUUGUUCCUGGUGGAAAGUUCCCAGUGGAUGGAAAGGUCAUUGAAGGCACUUCUAUGGCAGAUGAGUCUCUCAUUACUGGGGAAGCUAUGCCAGUCACUAAAAAGCCUGGGAGCACAGUGAUUGCUGGUUCUAUAAAUGCACAUGGCUCAGUUCUUGUUAAUGCAACUCAUGUUGGUAACGAUACCACUCUGGCACAGAUUGUGAAAUUAGUGGAAGAAGCUCAAAUGUCAAAGGCACCCAUCCAGCAACUGGCAGAUAAGUUUAGUGGAUAUUUUGUACCAUUUAUCAUCAUCAUUUCAACAGUGACAUUGAUAGUAUGGAUCACAAUUGGGUUUAUAAAUUUUGAUGUUAUUCAAAAAUAUUUUCCUAAGCAGAAUAAACACGUUUCAAAAGCUGAACUAAUACUGAGGUUUGCAUUUCAAACCUCAAUCACUGUGCUGAGCAUUGCAUGCCCAUGUUCUUUAGGCUUGGCUACCCCCACAGCUGUGAUGGUGGGCACAGGUGUAGCUGCGCAGAACGGCAUCCUCAUCAAAGGUGGAAAACCCCUGGAAAUGGCACACAAGAUCAAGACUGUGAUGUUUGAUAAAACUGGCACCAUCACGUGCGGAGUUCCUAAAGUCAUGAGGGUGCUUUUGCUGGGAGACACAGCUGUGCUCUCUCUGAAGAAGGUACUGGCGGUGGUUGGCACUGCAGAAGCCAGCAGCGAGCACCCUCUAGGAGUGGCAGUCACUAAAUAUUGCAAAGAGGAGCUUGGUACUCAGAGCUUGGGAUACUGCACCGACUUCCAGGCAGUCCCAGGCUGUGGCAUCAGCUGCAAAGUUGGAGGUGUUGAGGCUAUCCUGGAUAUGGCUGAGGAGGGUCUCGAUAAGCUGGACGCUAACAGGAGUGGGGACAGCAGUGCUCCUCUGGGAGAUAACACACUGGUCAUGCUCUCAGAAUCACAUGGUCCACCAGUGUCUCACACAUACUCGGUGUUGAUUGGAAAUCGUGAGUGGAUGCGACGCAAUGGCUUGCAUAUUGCAAAUGACAUAAAUGAUGCAAUGACAGACCAUGAAACAAAAGGACAGACUGCUGUACUAGUGGCUAUCGAUGGCAUGUUGUGUGGAAUGAUUGCAAUUGCAGACACUGUUAAGCAGGAGGCAGCCCUUGCUGUGCACACGCUGAAAAACAUGGGAAUAGAUGUGGUGCUGAUAACGGGGGACAAUAGAAAAACUGCAAAAGCCAUUGCUACUCAGGUUGGGAUCAAAAAAGUCUUUGCUGAGGUUCUUCCUUCUCACAAAGUUGCAAAGGUCCAGGAGCUCCAAAAUGGGAGGAUGAAGGUUGCAAUGGUUGGUGAUGGAGUCAAUGAUUCUCCUGCACUAGCCAGGGCCGACGUUGGAAUUGCAAUUGGAACAGGCACCGAUGUUGCCAUUGAAGCAGCCGAUGUUGUUCUUAUCCGAAAUGACUUGCUGGAUGUAGUUGCCAGUAUUCACUUAUCAAAGAGAACAGUUCGAAGAAUACGAAUAAAUCUGGUUCUUGCCUUAAUUUAUAAUCUGCUUGGAAUACCCAUAGCAGCAGGUGUGUUCAUGCCUAUUGGCCUUGUGCUUCAGCCUUGGAUGGGAUCAGCUGCAAUGGCAGCUUCUUCUGUGUCUGUCGUGCUGUCUUCCCUGCAGCUGAAAUGUUAUAAGAAGCCAGACACAGAAAGUUACGAAGCACAAGCUCAAGGCCACAUGAAGCCACUUACUCCUUCCCAAAUCAGUGUUCAUAUUGGAAUGGAUGAUAGGAGGAGGGAUUCAUCCAGACCAGCUCCUUGGGAUCAGAUUAGCCAAGUGUCUCUCUCUUCCUUGGCUGCAGACAAGCUGCCGAGACAUAAUGGGUUUGUUGAGGAGGAAGGGGACAAGUGGUCAUUGCUCAUUAAUGGAAGAGAUGAAGAACAGUACAUCUGAAGCACUGUAUUCUUAGUAGAGGAGGAAAUAUUCCUCCUUGCUAGUGAUGGCAGGGACCGACUUCAUGAAGAGCUUCAAGGUUGUAAAUGAAGUCAUUCCUUCAGCUCACAAAACAAUUGCAAGUCA